CUCACACUGGUGGGAUUCUACCGCGCGGAUCACAAAACAUGGUUUGGUGUGGGACUUACUUUUGUGUUGUUGCCAUACUUGGCGUUUCCAGCAUUGUUUUUCUCGUCCGUGCCCGAUUUAUUCAUUCAUUUUCAAAACGGGUACUGAAAACUGCUCUUUGUGCAUUGCAUCCAUUUUCAGCAGCCCACGCGAGACUUGAAGCUUUUCUUUUUUGUCUCAAGAAAUGGUGCUCUGGAGAUGAAAUAGACAUAGAGGCUGAGGAAGUACUUGAUCACAUUGACUUUGCUGUGCUCUUCGAGGCAGUCCUUGAGUCCGCUCCACAAUUUAUAAUGCAGUUGUACGCCAUCAGUGUUCAGGAGGAACCAGCUGCAAUUAUCCAAAUCAUUUCUCUACCGAUCUCUUUCCUCACUCUGGCAUGGGCCUUCACAGCCACUGAUAAA